UCGGGAUUCUUCGGUUGUGCUCGGCAGGUAACGGUCGGUGUAUUCAAAUGUUCGGCCGCAGGUCCUCCUGGAGCCUGAAGUGAAGAAAGAAACGGACGAGAGAACGGAUAGACGGAGUUUGGAAGCGGAAUGACUGUGCUGCAGGAACCUGUCCAGGUUUUGCACCAACAAAGUUUGUGCCAGGAUCUGACCAGACUUUUCGGAGGUGGCCUUAGAUGGCUGUGGUCUUCUCUGAAUGUUUGGAUUUUGCCACCACAAACUACAAGUCCACUUGUUUUGUCUGUAGACAACUAGCCUGUCCAUUGUGGUGCUCGGGAAGUUGAUGCCCUCCUGUGCUGCUAGGCAAAGGUCUUGAAAUGCAUCUCGCCUCUCAUUAACUAUCCACACCAUGGUCCCAACCAGCCCUCUCAGGUUUCUGAAGCACCUUUUGUCGACUAGUUGUCUAGCUGCUGCUCCUGCUGGUGGUUUUCUGGGCUUUUCAAGCUCUGGAUCUUGACCUGCCUUGAGGUGAUUUAUGGCUGCAGUGUGGCAGGCACUGAACCACUAUGCUUACCUGGAUGCUGUUUUCCUUGCUGAGAGACUCUAUGCUGAAGUGAGGUCAGAGGAGGCUCUCUACCUGCUGGCUACAUGCUACUAUCGUUCUGGGAAGCCUUAUAAAGCGUACCGACUACUGAAGGCUCACAGUUGCUCCACACCACAGGUCCGAUUCCUGCUGGCAAAGUGCUGCGUCGAACUCAGCAAACUAGCUGAGGGGGAGCAGGUCCUGAUUGGUGGAGUUCUGAAUAAACAGAAGAGUCAGGAUGAUAUCAUCACAGAGUUUGGAGACUCUGCCUCCUUCACGCUGUCCUUACUGGGCCACAUUUACUGCAAGACCGACCGUGCUGCUAAAGGUGCUGAGUGUUUUCAGAGGAGUUUAACCCUCAAUCCGUUUCUUUGGUCUCCAUUUCAGAACCUAUGUCACCUAGGUGAUAAACCAGAUCCAGAUCAGAUGUUUAAGCUGUCUGCUUUGCCGAACUCCACAUUAGCCCCACCCCCUCUGCAUAUAACCCCCUCCCAGAACCCAUCUCAUCGUCUUGACACCGCCCUCAUGGAGACGCCACAGGACACACUGGAAUUGAAUCGGUUGAAUCUUGAAUCAAGUGGAAAGUUGACGUCUGAUUUGUCAGUUUCAUACAUUGACUCCUCCCUCAUCUCCCCGGAGACUGGCUCACUCUUGGGUAACACAAUUUCCAUUGCGUCGGCUGGCUCCCUCCUGGCUAAACAAAACAAACCCAAGAGUGGGCGGAAUUUGCUGGGGGGACCUGCAGCCCUCAGCCCCUUGACACCCAGCUUUGGUAUCGUGCCCCUUGAACCCAGCCCCGGAGACCCCACAUACCUACAGAACUUCUCAGCUACGAUGGAAACACAAACCACAGCUUCCAGCAAGAAGUCUGUCUCUAGAAUUGGUCAGUCCAAGUCUGUCUUCAGUCAGAGUGGUAACAGUAGAGAUGUUCUCCCCAUUCCCUUCAACCAAUCACAGACCUCAGCACCUCACACCAGCGGGUCUCCUCAGGUACUCAGUCCCAGUAUGUCUGGUCCUCCAAAUGUUCAGCCCAGAAGAAGCUCUAGACUGUUUACCAGUGCCAGCUCUACUGCCAAGGAGAACAGCAAGAAGUUAAAGAUGAAGUUCCCUACGAAGAUCCCCAACAGGAAAACCAAAUGUAAAUCAGCAAAGACGUCGAAUAGCAGUAACCUGAAUGAGAGUCUGGAUAUUCUGAGACUUGAUCCCAGUUUGAGCCUACCAGAUACCAGAAUACCCCAGUAUCAGCGGGCCGCUGCAGACAGCGUAAUGGCGUUGCUACGGGAACUUGGGCGGGGCUAUCAGGCUCUAUGCUCGUACAACUGCAGAGAAGCCAUCAACAUUCUGACGUCACUUCCUCCUCAGCACUACAACACCGGUUGGGUCCUCACGCACAUCGGCAGGGCCUACUUUGAGCUGGCUGAAUACAUGCAGGCAGAGCGUCUGUUCAGUGAAGUGCGCAGGAUUGAAUCGUACCGAGUGGAGGGAAUGGAGAUUUACUCCACCACCCUGUGGCACCUGCAGAAAGACGUGGCCCUGUCAGCACUGGCUAAGGACCUAACGGACAUGGACAAGAACUGUCCUGAGGCCUGGUGUGUUGCAGGAAACUGCUUCAGUCUACAGAGGGAACACGACAUCGCCAUCAAGUUCUUCCAGAGAGCCAUCCAGGUCGAUCCCGGGUUUGCAUACGCCUACACUCUUUUGGGUCAUGAGUUUGUUCUGACAGAGGAGUUGGACCGAGCUCUUGCCUGCUUUCGAAAUGCAAUCAGAGUCAACAGCCGACACUACAAUGCCUGGUAUGGUCUUGGAAUGAUUUACUACAAACAGGAGAAGUUCAGCUUGGCAGAAAUCCACUUCAAAAAAGCUCUGAGCAUCAACCCUCAGAGCUCCGUGCUGCUCUGCCACAUUGGAGUGGUGCAGCAUGCUCUGAAGAAGUCUGAUGCUGCUUUAGAGACUCUGAACAGAGCCAUCGUGAUCGACCCGAAAAACCCGCUCUGCAAGUUCCACCGAGCAUCCAUCCUGUUCGCCAACGACAAGUACAAGGCAGCCCUUCAGGAGUUGGAGGAGUUGAAGCAGAUUGUCCCCAAAGAGUCACUUGUUUACUUCCUCAUAGGAAAGGUGUAUAAGAAACUGGGUCAGACCCACCUGGCUCUGAUGAACUUCAGCUGGGCCAUGGAUCUGGAUCCUAAAGGAGCCAACAACCAGAUCAAAGAAGCCAUUGAUAAGAGAUACCUACCUGAGGAUGAAGCAGCCGAGGUGGAUGACAGUCAGGACAGCAGCAUCAUGACGGACGCUGACGACACACAGCUCCACACGGCUGAGAGCGAUGAUGUUCUUUAGCUCCCUCUACUCUGUUAGUCCCGCCUCCUGUGUGAGCUAAUUUCUCUGACUGAUUGGUGGAGUGCUGUUGCUAGGCAACAAACUGAAAAAGAUGUUGAGUUUAGCUCACUCAUCCCUCUCACAUAACCCCCAGACCGGCUGAAACAGACUGCUGCUGACCUUAAGCCCCACCCGUUCACCUGUUGACUUUGUCCUAUGACAUCACAUCCGUUUUUUCUUUUAAUGUUCUUUUUAUUGUUCUGUCAGAAAUAAACCAAUAAAAUACGUAAACUUGA